AUGGCUAGUCAUUCCGAUACAAUUAUCAUAGCCGAUGAUGAGAGAUUACCAAACCCCGAGCCAGGUACCUCGCGACCUCAAAGGGGCCCUCGGCGCGAUUACAGUUACCCUGAUUUCGAGCGUGUGGUCUUUAGUGAUGAUGCGGCUGACACGGCACCAUCACGCAAACGCAAAAGAACCGAAACAGAGGAGUCCUCUACUCUCGAUCAUGCUUUUAAGAAGCUCCGAAAAGCGCUUGACCAUGAUAUUCAACACUUACGAAAAGCCAACAAAGAACUUCGAGAGGAACUUUCACAGCUAAGAAAAUUGGACUGCAAGAUCUGCUAUAUGCAGCCAGACCGUUGGGUGACUUUGCUAUGUGGGCACAUGUUUUGCAAGUCAUGCGCAGAAAACCUUAUGACUCCAAGGAGAUGUCCUAUUUGUAGGGCACCUUGCACCGGAUACGUCGAAUGUAAACCAUUUGCAGGAUAA